ACUGUACUAUACUGACAUGUCGUUGCCGUUUUGAAAAUUUAUUUCAUAACAGUGUUUGAUAGUUCAUUUUAAUUCGUGUAAGUCUUUUAUUUAUUUUUUAUUUAUUUAUACGAAAAUCGCUGCAUCUACAAGAUGAGUAAACAGUGCACAAAAGAUGCAUUUUACUUUUACAAGCUGAGAUUUGAAAAAGAAAAUAAGGGGAAAGUAUUCAGCAAAGGAAUAACUAACAUUGAAGUAGCUGCACGUGAAUCAUGGAGGUCAAUGACACUACAAAAACGUGAUCCCUACGAAGUUCUAGCCAAAGAGGCUGCUUCUACUCAGAAAACAGGACCAAAAGUAGACAAAACCGUAAUGUCGGAGAGUUUAAUCGAGUCCGAGAACAACAAGAUUGUUAAUGAAAUGGUGAGGCGCUCUGUCGUUAAUAACACUGUUCAAACGAACGAGUACUACUUCAUAGCAGCCAAUAUAUUUUGCGAGACGGGGGUAAAUAAAUAUCUUCCGGCGGAAAUUGCUCUGCUUAAGUAUACUUUACAGGAUGGCGUCAUACGAACGUACCAUACUUUCGUUAAUCCUGAGACAAUUCCAAUGGGAUACAAGUUUAUCGCGCUCGAGUUGUCCGAGACAACACAUCAGCUGCCACUUCCACCGAAUGCAAUGGGAGAGAAAGAUUUCGAUAUCAUUCAGCAAGAAAUUUACAAAUUUAUCGGUAAUGCGCCGACAUGUAAGCAGGGAUUUAUUCCGCUAUUUACCGUGGCCGAAGAUGUUCGAAUGGUUGAGUUGAUUUGUGAAGACCUCCUCGGUUCGACAUCAGACCAAGCCAUUAAUCGUCGCUACAAGACAAUGUCCAUCGAUCAAUUGCUUUUCGAUUUGAAAACUAGUAUCGGACGUGCACAAAAAAGGGAACCUUUCAGUGGUGAAUCGCAAUUUAAAAGCGUAGACGAUGCAACGAGCCAACUGAAUCGCGAAAAAUAUAAGUUCUUGAGUGAAAUUGCUUGUGAAUUUCACGACGAAAAGGACUGUAGCAAAUACUGCUGUUUAUCGAAUGUUAAACGAUGGGCAUACGUAUUUUCGGAAAAUAUUUCCGUUGAUUUGAAGAUACCCCUCGUCGGUGGUAAACACUUUCCAAUCGGAGCUGAGAAUCCAGUACCAUCGGUUGAACUAAAUUGUGCACACAACAAAUCCACAGCUAAUGUCACUGUCGCUGGAGCGCAUCGCAAAUCAAAAUGCGAUCAAAAAUACAAUCUGAAUACAAAUUUGUAUUCACAAGAAGUAGAGUCAUAUUCCAGCCGAAUUGACAGUCUUCCAGCAGUUACACGUAAUAGAAGACCACGAAAUUAUUUUUCUGGAGAAAACUAUGUCAGACAAGAUUUUGGAAGAGGAAGAGGAAUGAGACGUGGAUGAUUUCAAUGAUCGAAUAGUUGGUAAAUGAUUGUUUUAGACUAAGUUGCAUGCAUAUUUUAACUGGUUGACUGUAGAACAUUUUGAUAUUUUAUUCGCAGAAGUUAUUGAAUUAACUAUCACUUGAAGUGGUAGGUAGCUAAUGAUUGAGAUUCCGAGAACAAUCGUGUG